AUGAAUAUCCAUUCGACCCCGCGCCCCUUUCCAAUCCGGUCUGGACCCGGUGGACAGGGCCAAGCCUCACAGCAGAAACAGCCAGCUGCCCCCCAAGUACUAAACAACGAAGACUACAACUCAAUACCAGAAGAAGACCGCGAACAUAUCGAUGAAGUGUUCGGGUUGAUGGACAUGAAGAAAAAAGGCUGGCUAAACAGCUACGAGUUCCGCCAUUCGCUAGCAGCACUCGGCUUCGACAUGCCCAAACCGGAGUACGUGAGAGAGCUCGAAACAUACGGCACAGUACCCCCGGACUGGCCCGAGCCGCACAACUGCCCCGUCAACCGGCUGUACAUGUACCUGGAUCCCUUCCGACUUUGCACAGCAAAGCUCAUUGCGAACCGCGACCCACGUGAAGAAGCAACCAAAGUCUUCAACAUGUUCGAUUAUGAUCAGGACGGCAUCAUAUCGUUCGAGGACAUGCGUCAUCUUGCGCAGGAUAUCAAAGAGGAGAGAACCAUGACAGACGAGGAAAUCCAGACCAUGAUUGAUCAUCUAGAUCACGAUGGCAAAAAUGGCGUGAACUUGGAAGAGUUUAUUCAGAUGAUGGAAGAAGCUGGCUAG